CUGAUGAUCUUCGGCUUCUUCCUGUGUGCCGACGCCUUCCUGUACAUCUUCACCCUUCUGCCCCUCAGGGUGCUGCUGGCCCUGCUGCGCCUCUUCACCCUGCCAUGCUGCGGCUUCAGGGCUCACACAUGCCCCUACUGCAGAAGAAGCAGGUUGCAGAUCGCCUCAUCUCAUCCUUCGGUCAAGACAUCCUGGAUGCUCUGUACUGGACCGCCACUGAACCCAAGGAACGCAAAAGAGACAGUAUAGGAGUGAUCCCUCACUUCGUCAUGGCUGUCUGUUAUGUCUUUCUACACGCCAUCCUCAUCAUGGUUCAAGCCUCUACGCUUAACGUUGCCUUCAACUCGCACAACAAGUCUCUGCUAACCAUCAUGAUGUCCAACAAUUUUGUGGAGAUCAAAGGCAGYGUGUUCAAGAAAUUUGAGAAGAACAACUUAUUCCAAAUGUCCAACAGUGAUAUUAAAGAACGGUUCACCAGCUAUGUUCUCCUCCUCAUCGUUUGUCUCAGGAAUAUGGAGCAGUUCUCAUGGAAUCUAGACCACCUGUGGGUGUUGUUACCUGAUGUUUUUAUGGUCGUCGCCUCCGAAGUCAUCGUUGACAUCAUUAAACAUGCGUUCAUCACAAAGUUUAAUGACAUCAAUGCAGAGGUCUACAGUGAAUACAGAGCCAGUCUGGCCUUUGAUCUCGUCAGCAGUCGGCAAAAAAAUGCCUACACGGACUACAGUGACUCCGUGGCCCGGAGGAUGGGCUUCAUCCCUCUGCCUCUGGCUGUUCUGCUUAUCCGAGUGGUGAUGAGUUCAGUGAAAGUGCAGGGAGCACUAUCAUACUCRUGUGUCUUCCUUUUUUAUCUCGGGCUGGUGACACUAAAAGUGUUGAACAGUAUCGUGCUGCUGGGGAAGUCGUGUGUUUACGUCAAGAGAGCCAACAUGGAGGACAAACUGUUUGAGAAGCCCUCCACGGCGCCRUCAUCCGCUGCAAAAAGUCCCAACAAAGCUGAUGCAGGCAGAUGUCCCAAAGCUUCAG